CAUAAAAAGCGGACAUGGCAACACUGAAGGGUUAAUAAUGUUUGUGCACUGGAGGCAGCGCGAGAGUUAGACAGCAUGUGUAAGUUAGCAGUACUCUCGCUGUCUGUUGCAGCUCUUGCAGUUUUGAUCGGAGAAAGAGUCAUUACAUUAAGGCAUGUAUCACUUUCCUACAGAGAACUCACCCAGAACUACCUUCCUAACUGUCACCAUAUAGAGGGCAUAGAAUAUGGUGCUGAAGAUAUCACCGUGCUUGAAAAUGGACUGGCCUUUCUGAGCACUGGCUUGAAAUAUCCAGGCUUACCAUCUUAUUCAGAUGACCCUGGAAAGAUCUACACCCUGAAUCUGUUGGAUUCUAAAAUGAAAAUUAAAGCAAUGAACAUCAAGGGAGACUUUGACAAAGACUCUUUUAAUCCACAUGGAAUCAGCCUAUACACAGAUGACAAAGAUGGUGCCGUAUACCUAUUUGUUGUUAAUCAUCCUCAAGGCAAAAGUCAAGUGGAGAUUUUCAGAUUCAUUGAGGAUGAAAAUGCUCUUCAGUACAUCAAGACCAUCAAGCAUGAACUCCUGCACAAUGUGAAUGAUAUAGUGGCUGUGGGGACUGAAAGCUUUUAUGCCACCAAUGAUCAUUACUUCACUAAUGGGAUUCUCAAGUUUGUGGAGCCGUUUCUGUCUUUGCCCUGGUGUGAUGUCGUCUACUACAGCCCUCAGACCGUGCAGGUUGUGGCAGGGGGCUUCUUGCUCGCCAACGGCAUAAAUAUCUCCCCUGACAGAAGGCAUUUGUAUGUGGCAGAUAUUUUGAAGCACAAAAUUGUUGUCUUGGAAAUACAGAAAAACACUGUAUUGUCUCAUGUAAAGGAGGUUGAUGUGGGGUCACUGUGUGACAACAUUGAGGUGGACCGUGAAUCUGGAGAUCUGUGGCUGGGCUGCCACCCAAACGGUCUUAAAUGUGUAUUUCAUGAUCCAAAUGAUCCACCUGGUUCUGAGGUUAUCAGGAUUGAAAACAUUCUCUCUGAAAAGCCCAGGGUAACUCAGUUAUAUUCAGAUGAUGGCAGUGUGAUUGUUGCUUCUUCGGUGGCAACCCAAUAUGGAGGAAAGCUGCUCAUUGGAACCGUUUAUCAGAAAGCUCUGAUCUGUGACCUUAAACUGUGAAUAUACUCACUUACGGGGAAGAAUAAAUAUUGGUUCAAGUGUUUGAAAGAAUUUGUCAGUAUAGAGUCAUUUUAAAGGCAACACAUAACAAAGUCGAGGCCUUUUGUUGGGUAAAGUUUGAAAAAUCAAUCCAUACUAUAUAAAUGUGGCUUAACACAGUCUGAUUGGGUUGCAAACACUAUCUACUAGAUAUGUGAGCUUGAAGUAUUACUUGACUUAGCAUAUGUUCUUAGUAGCUGUCUGACACUUGAUUUUUGAGUUAAAUAUAUAUACAUCAGCUUAUAAUGUACAUGCAACACAAAUAAACAUUUACCAGCACACUUUCACUGAAAUUUGCAAACAAUUUGUGAAAAUGGACAAUGGUUACUAAUUCGUAUGAAUUUGUAUUUUCUAUAUAACAGCAGGGAUGCAGAGCACAUUAGUAAGGCUGCUAUAUGCAGAGCGGUAAAUAAAGUGUGCUUCACUCUUGUGCUCUUUCUGAGAAUUUUUGUGUAGUUUCCCGAGCACAAACCCAUCAAAAAUGAAGCUGACUACUGUAUGGAAUAGAAUGAUGCCAGAAGGAAGGGUAGUUUGAGAUAGGCCUAAAUGUCUAACACCACCACAGCUGUUAAAUAAACACAAAUUAUUCACAA